AUGGAUCAGCCUAAUCAAACUAUGCCUACUCAAUAUGUCAUGAAUGAAGUUGGUUCAGCAGCAACAACUGAAGUUGUUAGACCAGAAUUAGUUAAUACCCAACCUACAAAGAAGAGGAAAGCUAGUGCAAGUGGUUCUAGGCAAUCAUCUGCUUGUUGGGAGCACUUUAUUAGAUUACCAGAUGACUUAGUUGAUACACCAACUGUAGCUUGUAAACACUGCCACAAAAAAUACCUAUGUGACCCUAGGACUCAUGGCACCACCAACAUGAACCAUCACAUUUUAAAAUGUGCAAAGAAGCCUAGAACCACUAAUCCCACCCAAACUAUUCUUACAUACCCCUAUGUAGAAGGAUCUAGUUUGGGUCAUGUUAGCUCCAAAUUUGACAAGCAAGCUUGUAGAAAAGCUUUGUCAAUUUUUAUGAUUCUAGAUGAACAACCAUUUAGUGUAGUUGAGGGGGAAGGUUUUAAGUACUAUUCUAAAGUAAUGCAGCCCCAAUUUACUCUCCCAUCUAGGUGUAUGGUAGCUAGAGACUGUUUUCAGCUACACUUGGAUGAGAAACAAAAACUAAAAGCCUUCUUUAAGUCUGACUACAAUAAAGUAGCACUUACUACUGAUUGUUGGACUUUUAUCCAAAAUCAAAACUACUUAACCCUUACGGCACACUUUGUGGAUAACGAAUGGAACUAUCAAAAAAGAAUUAUAAGCUUCACAGUUAUUCCAAACCACAAGGGUGACACGGUAGGUAGGAAGAUUGAAAAGGUGUUAAGGGAUUGGGGAAUUAGGAAUGUGUCUACCAUAACUGUUGAUAAUGCAACUUCAAAUGAUGUAGCUGUAGCAUAUUUGUAUAGAAAAAUAUCAACUAUGAAUGGGAUGAUGGGGGAUGGAAAAUGUUUUCAUAUGAGGUGUGCUGCUCACAUAUUGAAUUUGGUGGUAAAUGAGGGUUUAAAAGAUAAACAUUUGUCUAUUACUAGUGUUAGGGAUGCUGUUAGAUUUGUCAAGUCCUCACCUCAUAGGGCAACUGAGUUUAAAGAAUGCAUUGAAUUUGCUGGAAUAACUUGUAAAAAACUAGUAUGUCUCGAUGUUUCAACUUGUUGGAACGUGACAUAUUUGAUGCUUGAGGCUGCAGAGAAGUUUCAAGCUGCUUUUGAUAAGCUUGAGUAUGAAGAGUUGAGCUAUAGAGAGUUCUUUGGAAAAGGUAGUCCUCCUAGUAGUGAUGAUUGGGACAUUGUUAGAGCUUUUAUCUCUUUUUUAAAGUUAUUCUAUGAAGCAACUAAUGUUUUUUCCACCUCUCAAAGUGUGAGUUUGCAUAGUGCUUUUCACCAAGUGUCUGCGAUCUAUUGUGAGCUAAAGCAAGCUACUAUGAACUUGAAUGGUGUUUUUACAAGUGCGGGUGGGGACAUGAUGGAAAAGUAUAAUAGAUAUUGGGGGGGUGCUAGUAAGAUGAACAAGUUGAUUUAUUUUGGAAUUAUUUUGGAUCCAAGAUACAAGUUGAGUUAUAUUGAGUGGACUUUUAAGGAUAUGUAUGGAGUUGGAUCUGUGUUUGCUACCGGGUUGAUCAAAUCUAUAAAAGAGAGCUUACAAAAAUUGUAUGAUUGGUAUAAGCAAGCUUAUGACCAAAAUCAUAAUAGACAACCUCUUGGUAGUGGUGAAAACAAUGUUUCCAAUGAUGAAACAAUAGUUGGCCGUCCUUCACUGAUGGCUAGAGCCGAUGCUUUUGAGCAACAUUUAGAGGAACAAGACUCGAUUGAUCAACAAAAUGAGCUUGAGGGUUUUUACUCUACUAAAGAUAUUUUUGCCACACCAGUGUUUACGAAUUUGAAGAAAUUUCUUCAGCAGCAAGAAGAGGAUCUUUACCGUCUCAGCCAUAACCUUCUGGUUGUGCUUGAAAAAUAUGGAGUUCAACUAUUUUUUUUUGAAGUCAUAUGUGACUUAUAUUUUGUGACUACUCAAUGGCCAAACAAUAUAUAUUUUGUCUCGUGGAUUUUGAAGAUAUUCAAGCUAGUCAAAUUCUGGUUAGGUGAGAGAGGAAUGCAUGUUGAAGAACUAGAAAGAGAGCUCAAGUUAUUAUUGGAUAGGAUUAAGUUGUCUGGAAAAGCUCUUGAAGAUGAAGGUAUGGUAUUCUCCAUACUCCCACAGAUAAUGUUAUGGCCUGCCUUAUCGAUAAUGUUAUGGUCUGGCUUAGGUGGAAGUGGAAGCCCUUGUAAUUCAAGAACCAAAACUUGA